AUGAUAUUCAAGUAAUGCACUUUUUAAAUAGAAUUAUUUCACAUUGACUACAUUUUUUCAAGAAAAUUUCAUUUAAUGAUUAAAUUUCAAAUUAUAGAUGUGGCAGCAAAGACAUACAAAGCCUAUACACCAUCCUCAUCUGUCAACUUUAAAUUUUUCACUAACUACAGAUUGGGUGAUAAUAUGAAACUUAAAAUUUUUGAUUUCUCUGAAGUUGUUAUUUACCAUGAAUAAGAAAAGAAGUUUAUUAUUACUAGGCUAAAUGACUAUAAUGAAAUUGAAAUUCAUUAAGCAUCUAUAGAUCUCAUCUAACAAAAACUAUCUUAAGACAUUUCAGAUUCCUCUAUACUAUAAAUUGACAGCAUUUAAAAAGAAUGCAUAGAGGGAGGUUGGUAGCAAAAAUUCCAAAAGCUAAUCUCAGUCAAUGUUAAAAAUGAUCAUUUCAUAAUAGUCCUAAUUGACCGAUUAUUAGCAUACAGUGUUCAUUCAAUAUGUGGCAAAUCAAAUGAAAAGGCAAACCCUCUAACACAAAUUUUGUUCAAUCCAAUUUUGGUCUCUUACAAACCUUAUAUCUCAAGCUAUGACGAAAAAAACCUCUACUUAUUUUCAAAGAAUGGCAGAUACACCAAUAAAAAUAAUCUGAUUACGAUAAAUUAUAAAGUUAUAGACUGUUAGAAUAGUGAAAAGCCUUAGAAAAAUUCAACAUUUUGUUUUCCUAGUCCGAUUGUGGCUUAAAGUACAGAGACUAUGUUAUCAUAUAUCUAAGAGGUAAAAAUUAGAGAGAAAAAUAUAUUCAAAAUGAAAAUCUAUACCGAAUUUUAAAGGAAGCAGUUUAAAUAAGUAAUUAUUUUUGAAAUUGGACAACCAGUAGUUAUAAAGUCCUAAAAAGAAUUGAGAUAAUAACCUGAAGCAGGUUAAAUUCAAAUUUUUGGAGAAAAAUCAGCAAAAAUAUAUAUAAAGAUAAAAAUUUGAGGAUGC